CGAUAGCGCUUUCGAAAGCGAACCCCUUCGUGCACUAUGCUUCGUGUCUACGAGUACGACCCGUGCAGCUAGAAGGGAACCAAGAAGAAAACGAAGCUGCUGAACGAAACCUCUUUCGUCGCCGUGCGGUCGCUGUUGAGGGGCUCAGAAUGGGGCCGACGCGUGUUACGCGAGAUUCUUUCCUCUGGGCAAUGUCUGUAGUAUAUCUUAGUGCAUUUGCGUCCAUCUAUCAUCAAAUGCCCGGGCUCUAUGGGGAUCAUGGAGUCUUGCCAGUAAGAUCGGUGAUUCCUAUAGACAGCCACACCAGACCACCGCAAGAAUUGGCCCAACAAGCUGCUGAGAGGCCUUCCUUAAUAUGGCUGGCACCAAACUUCGGCCUCAAGGUGGCCACCAUGGCCGAGUUUCUGGCAUUCCUAGGCAUUGUCAUGUCCUUCAUGGCCUGCGUGUCAUCACGCUUCAGGGACUGCAUCAACUUUGCACUUCUUUGGAUACUCUAUUUCUCAAUUUACCAGGUUGGCCAAGUGUUCAUGUGGUUUCAGUGGGACAUCCUGCUGCUGGAAGCCGGUUUCCUGUGCAUACUGGUGGCGCCACUAGGCAUCGUCCACCGGACGCUGGGGCUCAACUCGAGCUGGCGUCUGCCACACCGGCCGCAUGAUGAGGUCAGCCUGUGGCUCGUACGAUGGCUCCUGUUCCGGUUCAUGUUUGCCUCCGGGGUGGUCAAGCUCACCAGCGGUUGCCCUACCUGGUGGGGACUCACAGCGCUCAAUCACCAUUUCCAAAGCCAGUGCAUUCCAACACCCAUUGCAUGGUACUUCCACCACCUUCCUGACUGGAUCCUCCGACUUGGGGUGGUCUUCACAUUUGUGAUUGAAAUAGCCAUCCCACCCCUGUUCUUCGUCCCGGUGCGCCCUCUGAGGAUAUUCUGCUUCUACAGCCAGGUUUUUCUGCAGAUGAUGAUAAUUGCCACUGGCAACUACAACUUCUUCAAUCUGCUUACUAUGACCCUGUGCCUGUCACUGGUCGACGAUGAGCAGCUGCUCGGUAAUGCUAGAAGGAGCAGUUCAGGCAAGCUUGGCAACUUCCGCCCUUUGGCCAGAACUGCUGCAUUGGCGGUGUACUGUGGUCUUGCGUACGGAACCAUCAAGUUGUUCCACCUGCAGCUUGAUGACAGCUGGGCGGUGAGAUCAAAAGUCGCCUUCAACAAAGAAAAGCUUAACCAGUUCCUUAGCACCGCAGUGCCUCUUAUGGUGUGGGUUGCAGGUGCAUCCCUGGCUUAUCACAUUUUGAUGGCUCUGUACAGGUCAAUUGUGAAAGAAAGAAGUGUCCUGAGCAAAAUCUUCUCGACGUUGGGAACUAUUUUCAUGGGAACAGCUGCUGUGUGGGUCUUCUGCAUUUCUCUGGUCCCACUCGCGGAACUGGACCCUGGCUUCAACAGAAAACUCUGGCCCACAAUUCGGAGCUGGCAUUACAAGGUUCAGCCGUUCCACCUGACAAGUUCAUAUGGGCUCUUCAGAAUCAUGACAGGUGUUGGAGGGCGACCAGAGCUCAUCCUGGAAGGAAGUGACGACCCAAAUGGCCCAUGGGUGGAGCUGCCAUUCCUGUACAAGCCUGGAGACGUGAACCGCCCACCACCAAUUAUCAUCCCACACCAGCCUAGGCUUGACUGGCAGAUGUGGUUUGCUGCACUGGGUGACUACAGGCGAAACCCCUGGUUGCUGAGCCUGGUUUACCGUUUGCUCAACAAUGAUGCAUCAGCGCUGCGCUUGAUGAACUUGGAGCGGUACCCCUUCACCCGCCAGCCUCCCACAUACAUUCGUGCCACGCUGUACAAGUACUGGUUCACCAAAAUGGACACCAGCAGUGGGCGUGCCUGGUGGUACCGUGGCAGUCCCAGGGAAUAUCUGCCCCCAGUCCACAAGAAGCAGCCUUUCCUCAGGGAAUUCCUUCAAGAGCAUGGGAUUCCCAUGGACGCACCUAAAACAAAGUCCACGAACAAGUUCCUUAUAUACAUCCUCAAGCACUCGAGGAAGUUUGCAGAGAAGAUGUCACCAACAUUGUACAUCUGGUCGCUCAUCUCUACGUCGUUGGUGCUCAACGCUGUCCGAGGCAUGUUUUGACCCGGCCUGCCCAAAAUGUGAAUUUCAGUAUAGCCUACACUUUGUGAAAGGCGCAAGAGUUUGGCAGAUGUGUGCACGGGGAAACCACAUGUCUUCUUGAGUGUUUUAACAUUUGCACAUAAUGUAAAGUACUGGUUAUCAUGUGUGUUGGAACAGGUGAGGUUUUGACAGCUUUUCUACACUGUCCAGAGCUCCUGCCUGUCCAUAUAUUCAGAUUUAUGUGUGGCCUAACAGAAUGCCCAAAUUUUUCCAAUUAUGCAUUGUAUUUUCGAACUUCACCAGUGGCUGCGAUCCUCCAUUUGCUUUGUCUACAAAAUUAUUCAGCUAAUUGAACAUAAGCUGUUUAAUGAUGACUUGCAAUGUACAUUAGAUAACUUCCCUUGAAAAACUACUGUGGCCACCUGCUUUUGUUAAAGUAGUUAUAACUUGUGUUGUAUAAUUUCACAUGCUAACUGCUAACUGAAGCAGUAUUUGUUAUGUGGCAUUAAUCUGACAAGACAGGCUCUACAAGAACAAGCGUUUGCCCCUAAAAAGGAGAGUACUAUGUUGAGAAAAUUGUGGUGGUCGAUAAAUAUGGGCGUCAAGAUUUCAGUAUCUCUCAUGAGAAUUUUCGUGUGUGAUUUUGUUUGCCAAGCCAUGAACCUUUGUAUGUGACCAUGGUGCGAGUGUUAGGCCUUUGCCUUAUUGCUGUUUCCAAAGGCCGCGAGGCACUGCAUUUGUGAUGCAAGUUUUAAACCCCACUAAGUGAAAGCAAUAGGGAUCUGACGUGCUUGUUUCUCUGGUGCCAUAUGGAAGAGGGUGCAAAGGGUGUGAUGUCUCGACUGAAAGGCCAGUGUCUGGCUUACUUCGAGAGCAUCCAAAGUGAUACCAGCGCUCGACAUGGAGGGACAGCCUCUGGUUGUAGCCGAAUAGUGCAGAGAAAGAUGACGGUGUCUGCAACUAACUUAAGUGUUUGUGGAGUGUAAUACAUCGCCAUAAGUGAAGGGCAAGUAUUUCAAAACUUAGGAAUGCUACAUGUGUAGCACAGGCAGAAUAACCUAAGUCUUGUAGGACAGGUCGAAGUCAGGAGAUACCAUGUGCUGCCUCAGGGAGAGAAGGGAGGCAACAUGUUAAACACAGGCACGAUGGCUUGCACUGAAAGAUAAUGACAUAAAAGAGGCUUCUUAACACUUCAUAUAAUUAUGAACUUUCAGCUUAAAUCUGCAACACACAUUGUGUGUUAAUACGGUACAUCCAAACAUACAACCACCCCUAUUCGGCGUUCCGUUGCUACAAACCUGGUUAUUUGAAUAUUGUUCGCUUGGCUUCAUUGUAAGAGCACAAGGCUGUGUAAUUGUUGUACCGUAGGGAACACUACUCUGCAGCUGCUGCACAUAGUAUUAGCACUAGUAUCAAAUACAGUACAAUUCGGCCACUUUGUGCAUUUAUCAUUAACAUCUGUAACAGGCUGCUACUUAUCAAAGCACUUCUUGUGCAGUUUAGAAGUUUGAUUGCAUGCUUUUUCUACCUUGUGAUGAGAAAUAGAAAUACGUGAUCAUGGCUGUUACCUUCACUACAAGGCGCCAUAACUAGUCGCAUAAUCUCAUUAGCCUAGUCUCAAUACCAUAAGAUCUUGUUGAUGUAUCAUGAUCAGUUGGUAAAUGUUUACAUGUAUUCAUCACUGCAGGUUCAGACUCCCUAUUAUUCAGCAACAUACACUAUAUUGUAUUUUCAUUUUGUACUGUUUUUGUAAGCAAAUAAAAGAAUUUCACAGGAAAAGAAGAA